AUGAAAUACGCAAUUAGAACAAGUUUUGUAGUAUUUUUUACUAUAAUCAUCACUGUUAAUUCGACCUUAAUACCUGAUCAUAUUGAUGAAUAUCCUAAAAAACCAGUAUGGUCAAAUUAUUUAGCAGAUCCAUUUGCAUUUGAAUUCAAUGGAACAUAUUAUAUGAUUGGUACUGGUCUUGGUUUGAGUGAAAAUAACGCCACAUUUCCAUCACUUAUAUCUGAUGAUCUUAUAACAUGGAAUUAUUCCGGUAAUAUUUUAGAUAUGAUAAAUCGACCUGAUCAACCAUCUUCAUAUUGGGCACCUGAAAUAGCUGAAAAAGAUAAUAUAUUCUAUUUAUUUUAUUCAGUUGGAUUUGGAGAUAAAAAACAUCGUUUACGUGUUACAUCAUCUACAUCACCACUUGGUCCAUAUGAUGAUAGUCAAUCAAUAGAAUUAACUAAUGUAACAAAACUUUCAUUUGCUAUUGAUCCUCAUCCAUUUCAAGAUAAAAAAGAUGGACAAUGGUAUUUAUUCUAUAGUCGAGAUUUUCUUGAUACUAAUGAUGGUUAUCGUGUAGGAACAGGUAUUGUUGUUGAUCGUCUUAUAAAUAAUAUGACUCAAUUAGCUGGAAAUGAAACAAUUGUUUUACGUGCUAAACAUGAUUGGCAACUUUAUGAACAUAAUCGAUCUAUUUAUGAUAAUAUAUAUGAUUGGUAUACAUUAGAAGGUGCUGCUACUUGGCAACAAGAAUCAGGAGUCUAUAUAUGUUUUUAUAGUGGUGGUAAUUGGCAAAGUACAUCGUAUGGUGUUGAUUAUGGUAUAGCGUAUUCAUCACCAAUGGGACCUUAUACAGAAGAUUCAACUAAUCAAGCUCGAAUUACACAUUCAAUAGAGGGUAUUAUUAUAGGACCAGGACAUAAUUCAAUUAUUCUUGGACGUGAUCAGAAAACUACCUAUAUUGUUUAUCAUGCAUGGAAUGAAGCAAAGACAAUACGUUCACCAUAUAUAAGUCAAUUGAAUUGGAAAACAAUGAUACCAAAUAAAUCAAGUAGUGGAUAUGAUAUUCUUCAUUUGACACUUUUGUUUCUUGUCUAUAUUAUAGUUAUUGUCUUAAUUUUCCAUCAUGCUUUAUAG